GCACAGUCAGAAAUGCCAGGAUCUGGGACCCUUGGUGGGGUGAAGCCCCCUGUACACGAGCAGAUAUCCGAGCUCCAGAGGAAAAUACAGUUGCUAGACGGAGAUCGGAAGGCUUAUUAUGAGAGUUCACAAUGGACAAUCAAAAAGAACAAAGAUACCAUUCUGCGACUGCGCCAGGAUAACAAAAAUUUACAUAGAAAAUUGUCAGAUGUUCUGGCGGGUGAUGAGAAGGUAAUAAAAGAGGCUUUUCAAAGCCGUACUACAGAGAAAGCAGCCAUGAGAAAUAAGAGUGGACAGGCCGCCAUCCAGCUUAUGGAUCAGAAGCUUUGUGACAAGAUAAAGCAUUUGAAUGCAUUGCGCCAUCAAACCGAGUUGAAGAGAAAAUGCUUGGAAGACAUGGAAAAGGAAUACAAACAGAAAGAACCUGGCGAGCAGAGCAAACCUAACACAGAAGAGGAGCGCUCACAAGAAGAGCAGAAUGAAGCCACUGAACAGGAGGAAAACUCUCAUCAGUCUAUGCGCCUCCUAGAAAACCGACUGGAAAAAGCACAGUUAAAAUGGCAGGAGGCCGACCAUAUUUUCAGUGUCUAUCAUAAGCUAAAGGAGCAUAUGCAGGAGGAGAGUUUGACAUUUCAGUCUCAGUUAGACCUCCUUGAGUCUGAGAUUCUGAGACAAAGGCAGGAGCUGAAGGACCUCAAAACAAUGAACAAGGAAGCUGUGAUGGCUCGGGAUACAGCACGGGCAGAGCUUCAACACCAAGAAGAAGAUGUUCAUAAGGAACGUCGAGAAAGAGAGAAAAUUUUGCAAGAAUAUAAGAGGCAGGCAGAGGAGAGGCGUAUGCAUGCAGAACGAGCAGAAAGAAGGGCUCAAAGGGUGGUUCUGCCUGGGGAGGAUGCUCCAGCAGAGAAUCAGCAUGUGACCAAUGGACAUGAAGAGGAAAAAGUGAUCUCAACUUAUCAGGAAGCAUUCCAAAGGAUCAAGGAUGCCACUGGAGUCACUGGUACACAGGAGGUAGUGCAGCGCUUCAUAGCUCAGGGAGAGACUCACAGGCACCUGGAAGAGCUGAAGAAUGACAAUGAUAAGACACUAGUGAGAUUGAAAGAGGACAAAGAGAGGCUGCAGGAUGCAUUCCAAGAACUUAAGUACUCAGGAGAAGCCAAACUGUCCAGUGGGCAACAAGUUCUAGAAGAGCUCCAAGGUCUCCUCCAAACGGAAGAGAAGAGGCGUGAUAAAUCCAGGGAAGAUCUAGACAGAAUAUCCAGAAUCCUGAGUGCAUCAAAAUCUGGUGUGGAGCAUCUGGCAAACAAAGUGCAGCAUGUCAAAGUGCCCAGGAGCCAUGCACCUAUACCAGAUAUAUUAUCUGUAUCAGAUGAAUAUGUUUUGGAUCUUUUGUCUAUCACAGAGGAGAAGCUGCAGAAAUUGUUGGAAGAGCUAAAGGGACAGGAUCUGACGGAGAUCCUCAGACAGAUGGAGGAAGAAGAGUUCCAGUCCAGCAUUGAAGGCAAACUUCCACAGUACAAUGUGCGGAUUUCAUUACCAGCUCCUGCUAAACAGGAUAUCUAUGAUGAUGAUGAUGACAGUGGUGACGAUGAUGGAGAUGUGGUUACUCGAGCUGCUUUAAAGAGACAGUCCCAACAAAUUAUUGAGUCCAAAACCAAGAGAAGAACUCGUCCCAGGAAGAAGAAAGGAAAGCAGUGAGGAGAGAGGAGAACAUUCUAGCACCUUCCUUACAAAUUUGAACUUUAAAAUGUUAAUUUCAUGGGGUGCUCUUAAAGGGAUAUAUUGUUCAAUUUUGUUUUCUAUCAUGUAAAUUAAAGCGUAGCAGUUAUUUUUUUGUGUAAAAAUAAGGGUUAAGUAAAAACUACUUAAAUAUAAGGUAAAACUUACAGGAAGUGCAUGAUUAUGUUCAAGUGAGUCCUGGGACUCUACAACCUAGUGGCUGACAGGGAAAACUCCCAAAGAAACAUAUUGGUUUAUUUUGCACAGGAACAUCCAAUUUUCAAAAACAAAACAAAGUCCUGUAAUACAUUUUGAAACAUUUUGUUUUAGAUAGAACAGAGAACUUUUGUUGAGUAUCAUGUCCCUUUAAAACCUUUGCAUUGACACUUCCUGUUUCUCAUUAAACACAAAUUUGACUUUAAUGCAUCACUUUCAUAAAAGAAAUUGAAAAUUUUGUUAUUAAAAAUCUAAAAAAAAUACGAAAAAAAUCUUGUCCCCUAAUUUCAGCUGUUUUAUUUUUCAUUACAUAUUUUGCCUCUAUGAAGUAACAGGUAGUAUCAGUUGAGUUGUAAACGGUUUACGCAGCUUCUGAUUGGUUGCUCACAGCAAAGCCAUGUAAAGUCUAAAAACAAAUAGCCAAAAGGAUAGGGCAGUAUUAGGAGUUUAAGUCAGCAAUUUCAAGAAAAAAAAUAAAACCAUGCAAUAUAAUUUAUUUUAUGUAAUUUGUAUCACUUCUAUGUCCCUUUAACAAACAAAGUUUUCCUCCUCUCUCUUUCUCCAUAUCACUUGGUAACUUUCUCCUUGGCUGUGUUUUCAUUCUCUUCCACCCCCCCAUAUUUCAGUGCCACAGUCAGGGAGAAUAUUGCAAGGGCUACAGGGUCAGUGUCUGUAACAACUCAUGACGCUAAUGGGAUUGUAUAUUUUGUGGGAACAUCUAGAGUGGAGCUGACCCGAGAGGGAUGACGCUGAAAUCUGUGACCUUUUUCUGUUUUGCGUGAUAGAAAUAAAUUAAAACAUUUCACUAAAA